GGAGAAGCAGGAACUAACUGACGAAGAAGUGCAAUUCUAGAGUGGAUGCAGGAGGUGGCUUGAGGUUAGUGAGUGCUGAGAGGAAGGCAGGCCGGUCCCCUCACAGCCUGCCUCUCACACCUCUCACUAGGUCCCUGGCCUCGGUUACGUCGUGACUGAUCCGGUGAUGGAUCCCUUCGGAGGAGCCCCCCGAUUUCUCGCCCACCCUCGCACUUUCACAGUACAAAGUGGCACCAGUGCCAUUCUGAAAUGGCAGGUGGCGGGUGAGCCACGCCCCAGCGUUGCCUGGGAGAAGGAUGGCUCUGUGCUGGAGUUGCCAUCAGGCCGGAUGUUUGUGAAGGCUGAUGGAGAUGCGUACAGCCUGCUGGUGUCUCAGGCUGGCCCAACAGACAGCGGACGCUAUGUGUGCAAAGCCAAGAACACUGUGGGCGAAACCUAUGCAGCUGCUACCCUUACAGUUGAGGCAGCAGAACUGAAAUCCAAGGGAGAUCUUGACACCCAGCCUCCAAUCUUCCUAAACAGGCCAGUUUCAGCACGGGUAACCCGGGGAGAGGAUGUGACAUUUGCUUGCAGAGUCUCAGGGCAGCUUGAGUGGGAAAAGGAUGGCCAUAAGUUGACAGAUAUCUUUGAGAGCAGCCAUUACAAAGUGAGUGUGGAGCCCGGUGACUGGCACUCCCUGCAAAUCUACAACACCCGUCUCCCAGAUGCAGGGGUCUAUGUAUGCCGGGCACAGAGCAGUUUUGGAGAGGCCAUGGCUGCAGCAGUGCUUCUGAGACAUCGCCCUGAACAGAAUGGGGUGUCAGAAGCCAGGCAGAAUGGUGAAGUGUUUCCAAGUCCACCCACCACAAAGGCCUUUACUGUGAAUGAAGGGAAGCAUGCAAAGUUUCGUUGCUAUGUAACUGGCAAGCCCAAGCCAGAGAUCGUCUGGCAGAAGGAUGGGAAGGUGCUGUCCCCUGGAAGGAGGCACCUGCUCUAUGAAGAUAGGGAGGGCUACUUUAUCCUCAAGGUGCUUUACUGCACAGCACGGGACUGUGGGCUCUACGUGUGCACAGCCUGCAAUACGGCUGGCCAUACCCUAAGCGCAGUGCGCCUCCAUGUCAAAGAACCUCGGCUGCGGUUCCAGAUGCCUUUGGUGGAUGUGGAAGUGCUGGAACACCAGGAUGCAGUGUUAGAGUGCCAAGUGCCUCUAGAGACCAUCCCUACCGUGUGGUAUCUUGAAGACAAGCGCCUGCAGCCCAGUCCCAAGUACCUGAUGGAAGAGCAGGGCCUGCUACGGCGGCUGACUGUGCGGGAUGCUCGGGCUGAUGAUGAUGGCAUCUACUUAUGUGAGAUGGAGGGCAAGGGUCGCAGUGUUGGGGAACUCUCAGUUCAUGGCAUGAUUGUGAAGCGGCUGCCACGGAAGCUGGAUGUGAUGGAAGGGGAGAAUGCUGCCUUUUGUGUGGAGACACGGGAACUUGUGGAGGAAUCAAGCUGGGGCCGUAAUGGGCAGGAACUUCUGGAGGCACCACACACCCUGAUUAGGAGCUUUGGUAAAACCCAUCUGUUGGUCUUGGUCCACGUGACACGGCACGACGCAGGGGUCAUCACUUUCACAGCAGGAGAGUCACAGACUUCAGCUCAACUCCGUGUCAAAUGUGCCAAGAGGAUCCCUCCAAGUGCCCCUGUGGCAGCUAGGAUGUGCACCACCCGUAGUAAUGCUGCUCUUCUGACUUGGUGUCCACCACCUGAUGUGCACCGCAGCCCCCCAAGCAGCUACAUCCUGGAGCGGCAAGCAGUCGGAGAGGCUGAGUGGGUGCCUUGCCUUACCACUGAUGUUGCCAGCAUGGUUGAAGUUCCAGGGGAUGGUGUGCCACAGGAGGCUGACUACCGCUUUCGUGUGUGUUCUGCCAAUCAGUAUGGGUGCAGUGGGCAUGUGGAAUUCCCCAGCUCUGUGCAUCUUGUGCCCAGGGCACGUGUGCAAAGAGGACUGCAAGAUGUUCGGGUUCACAUUGGCGAGGAUGCUGUUUUCUCAGUGCAGCUCUCAGCUGCUAUAUGUGGGAGCUGGUUCUUGAAUGGGAAAAGAUUGGAGGAGGAAGACCAGCAGUGCCAGGUCACCCAAAGUGGGGUGGAACACACCAUGCGGAUCAACAACGUGCAGUUAGCGGCUGCAGAGUCCGAGGUGAAAUUUGAGGCCAGCGGGGUCAAGGAAUGUGCUGUCCUGCAUGUACAAGCUCCCCAAGUACACAUUACCCCAGUGCCAGAGACCAGGCGACACUGGACACUUCUGGCUGGGAUGCCGCUGGUCCUGGAAUGUGAAGUCUCUGUACCGGAUGUUACCAUUUGCUGGCUCAAAGAUGGGAAUCCUGUGGCCUCAGAUGCUGCUGCACUUCUUGUCCAGUCAGAAGGCAACAUUCGCAGAUUGCUGAUUCCUUCAGUCUGCUCUUUGGAUUCUGGGACUUAUACAUGUGAUGCGGGGGAUGAUGCCAUCGACUUCACUGUGACUGUGGAUGAACCUCCGGUGAGAGCUGUGCAUUCCAAUGCCAAGGAGGUCCACACCUACCAGGUCACAGAGCGUGUAGUGCUGGCCUGUGAACUGUCCCACCCCGAUGCUCCAGUGAGCUGGCAAAAGGAUGGGAAGGUAGUGGAAGAAAGCGAGGCUCUCCUGCUGGAAAGUGAGGGGCCUCACCGUCGUUUGGUUAUUCCUUCCGCACAAGUGAGCGAUACAGGAGAGUUUGCGUGUGACAUGGGUGGAGAUUCUGUCUUCUUCAACAUCACAGUCACAGAACCUCCUGUGAGGGUUGUGCAUUCCAGUGCUGAGGAGGCCCAUGCCUACCAGGUUGCAGAUCGUGUGGAGCUGGCCUGUGUACUGUCCUGCCCUGAUGCUCCUGUGCGCUGGUACAAGGAUGGGGAGGAGGUGGAAGAAGGCAAGGGCAUCUUGCUGGAGAGUGAAGGCCCCCACCGCCGGCUGAUCAUCCCUUCUGCGCAGUUCCAUGAUACAGGAGAGUUCGUGUGUGACGCCGGUGGUGAUUCUGUCUUCUUCAACAUCACAGUCACAGAGCCACCUGUGCAGGUUGUGCACUCCAACGCAGACAAAGCCCACGCCUACCAGGCCUCAGAACGCGUGGCGCUGGCCUGUGAGCUGUCCCGCCCCGAUGUCCCUGUGCGCUGGUACAAAGACGGGGAAGAGGUGGAAGGGGGCGAGGGUCUUCUUCUGGAGAACGAAGGGGCCCACCACCGACUGGUCAUUGCAUCAGCUCGGGUGCAAGACGCAGGAGAAUUCGUGUGCGAUGCCAACGGUGACUCCGUCGUCUUCAGUGUUACUGUUAAAGAACCUCCUGUGAGGGUUGUGCAUUCCAGUGCUGAGGAGGCCCAUGCCUACCAGGUGGCAGAUCGUGUGCAACUGGCUUGUGCACUGUCCAGGCCUGAUGCUCCUGUGCGCUGGUACAAGGAUGGAGAGGAGGUGCAAGAAAGUGAAACCCUCUUGCUGGAGCAUGAAGGCCCCCACCGCCGGCUUAUUAUUCCAUCAGCACAAGUGCGCGAUGCAGGGGAGUUUGUGUGUGACGCCGGUGGUGAUUCUGUCUUCUUCAACAUCACUGUUAGAGAGACACCUGUACAAAUUGUGCACUCCAAUGCAGAUGUGGCCCAUGUUUAUCAAACCUCAGAAUGUGUGGUGUUGGCCUGUGUGCUGUCCCGCCCCAAUGCCUCUGUCCACUGGUACAAAGAUGGGGAAGAGGUGGAAGAGGGGGAACGCUUGCUGCUGGCAAGUGAAGGAACGCACCAACGGCUCAUCAUUAGCUCGGCACAGGUGCAAGAUACAGGCGAAUUUGUAUGUGAUGCAGGUGGUGAUUCUGUCUUCUUCGAUGUUACUAUUGCAGCUCCUAAGGUACAUAUCGCUCCUUUGUCAGAGGCCCAGUGCCUUCGUACAGUCCUAGCUGGGUUGCCUCUCCUCCUGGAGUGUGAGGUCUCUGCCUCUGAUGCUGCUGUCCAGUGGUUCAAGGAUGGAGAUCCUGUGCCCUUGGAUGAUGCCAACCUCACUGUCCAGUCAGAGGGCUGCAUUCAUCAGCUGUUGAUCCAUUCUGCCUGCCCAUCGGACUCAGGGACAUACACAUGUGACACAGCCAAUGACACCGUAGACUUCACUGUGACAGUGGAUGAACUGCCUGUUCGAGUUGUGCAUUCGAAUGCAGAUGUGGCUCAUGUGUACCAGGUCUCACAGACCGUGGUGCUGGCCUGUGAACUGUCCGCCACGGAUGCUCCGGUUCGCUGGUACAAGGAUGGCGAAGAGAUAGAGGAGAAGGAUGGCUUCCGGUUGGAGAGAGAAGGGCCUCAUCGCCGUCUGGUCCUGGUUGCGGCUCAGGCUCAGGACACAGGAGAGUUCAUGUGUGAUGCUGGUGGCGAUUCUGUCUUCUUCAACGUUACUGUUGCUGAGCCCCCAGUACGGAUUUUGCAGCCGGCCGAGCGUUCAUUGGAGAAACAAGUGUGGGUGCUUGAAUGCCUGGAGCUGAGCUGUGAGGUGUCCGUGCCUGAUGCUCCUGUGCGCUGGUUCAAGGAUGGAUUGGAGGUGGAUGAAAUGCACAACCUCUUGCUGCAGACGGAGGGUGCUAAGCGCCUCCUUGUCAUCCUGCAGGCAAGUGCUGAAGAUGCUGGAGAAUACAUCUGUGAAACCAAGGAUGAGUCUGUCUCCUUCGAAGUCACAGUUUCAGAGCCCCCUGUGAAGAUCGUGCAGCCCCGCAGGGCUCCCUCUGUCCUGAAGGUCUCAACGGGGGAGACAGUGACUCUGGCCUGUGUUCUCUCUCAUGGGAAUGCGCCUGUCCGCUGGGUUAAGGACGGUUUCACGCUAGAGGCCAUCAGCGGCCUUGUCCUGGAGGAAGAGGGUGCCCAGCGGUGUCUGGUCAUCCCUGCAGCUGGCCCAGAGCAUUCUGGGAAAUACAUCUGCAACGCUGUUGAUGACACCAUGACCUUCGCCGUCCAGGUGUCUGACCCCCCAGUGUGGAUUGUGGGGCGUGAUGAGUUGCAAACUCAUCACAGCUGCCUGGCUUCGGAGGACCUGGUACUCUCGGUGACACUGUCUUGCCCUAAAGGGGAGGUGAAAUGGUACAAAGAUGGGGAGAAACUGCAGGACACGGACCACGUGCGAUUGGAGCAGGAUGGGGCACGCCAUUCGCUGGUGAUCCUAGGAGCAGAGGGCUGUGACACAGGGGAGUACCUGUGUGACAGUGGUGAUGACAGCCUCAUUUUCUACGUCCAAGUAGAGGAGCCUCCCAUCUCCAUUGUGGGAAACACAGGGGUGCCAGAACACCACUCCUUGGCAGCUGGAGAUGCUCUGGUCUUGGCUUGCCAAGUGUCCCUGCCUAGUGCUGCUGUGCGCUGGAUGCGGAAUGGAGAGGAGCUUGUGCCCAGCAGGCGUCUUUGUAUUGAAGCCCAUGGAACACACCGGCAACUCACCAUCGCUGGAACCAAACCAGAAGACUCAGGUUCCUAUGUCUGUGACGCAGGCACUGACCGGAUGGUGGCCACAGUGGAAGUUGCAGCACCCCCUGUGCACAUUGUGAAUAAAAAUGAUGCCCAGGUGCCUUUAGAAGUCCAGGAAGGAGAGACUGUGACACUGGUGGCCCGCCUCUCUCAAGAGAAGGCUCCAGUCCAUUGGUUGAAGAACAUGCGGCCACUUUACCCUGGGCCACGAGUGGUUAUUAGUAGUGACGGGCUGGUACACAGCCUCACCAUCAGGCAAGCUGAGCCAGGUGACAGUGGCAUCUUCAGCUGCGAUACUGGAGAUGAUGAAGUGCAUUUCACAAUGUGUGUGCGAGAGGCCCCGGUGCUGUUUGUGCCAAAGCCAGAAGGGCCGGAGAAGGUGCUGGUGCUGGAAGGGGGCAGCGCGGUGCUCUCGGCCAUCGUCUCCAAGGAGCCGGCUGUGGUGAGCUGGGAGGGACCUCGAGGUGCCCUGGUGGCAGGGGAACGCUGCCAGCUGCGCAGAGAAGGGCGGGUGCACAGUCUCCUGCUUAGCAACGUGAGCAAGGCUGACGCUGGCGAGUAUUUGUGCCACUGCCAGCAUGACCGGAUGCGUUUUGAGCUCAGUGUCAAAGAGUUGCCGGUGAAGUUUGUCCGGGGUCUCUCAGAUGUGUCGGCACUGCAGGGGGACACGGUGCUGUUUUGGUGUGAAUUGUGCAAAACCAAGGGCGAUGUGUUGUGGCUGAAGGAAGGUCAGGAGCUGGAACCGAAUGAGCGCCUGGAGAUCAGGGUGGAGGGCCGAGAGCGUUCUUUGACACUGAGCCAUGUGGGGCCUGAGGAUGCUGGCGAGUACUCGUGUGAGAGCAAGGAUGACCGCACCCUAGCCGUCCUCACAGUGCAGAUCCCCAGGUUAGUGGAAAUCAUUUCCGAGCUGCACAACUUAACAGUGUUGGAGGGGGACGAUGCUACCUUCAAAGUUGUGAUGUCUCCAGACAACGUGGCCCUGAAGUGGCAGCUGAAUGGCCAAGAGGUGGUACCCAGUGAACGGUUUAACACAACGAGAAAUGGGCUCUGUCAUACCCUCACAAUACGCCAGUGUCGGCUGAGUGACAGUGGCACAGUAACUGUCAACGCAGAAGGCCUGGUGAGCACAGCCAGGCUGAGUGUUCAAGAGGCUCAGGUGCUGUUUGUACAGACACUGCAUGAUUUGGUGGUCGAGGAGGGUCAGGCUGUGCACUUGGAGGUGCAGCUGAGCUUGGAGAGUGCUGAAGUGCAGUGGAUGAAGCAGGGCAUCCUGCUGCAGCCAUCUGUCAAAUACUCCAUGGAGGCCCAUGGGCAUCAGCGAGCCCUUACCAUUCACUGCGUUGAACUCUCCGACCGAGGCACCUACCGUUGCGAGAGCCUGCAUGACCGCACCCAAGCCAGGCUGAGUGUGGAACCCCGGAGAGUGAUGGUGAGGAAACCACUACUGGAUGUGGAGACUGUUGAAAAGGAAACUGUGACAUUUGAGCUGGAACUGUCACACGCCAAUGUGCCUGGGGUGUGGACACGUGACGGCAUCCGCAUGAAGCCCAGCCCCACCUGCCGAGUGAGCGCCACAGACUGCGUGCACCGCCUGACACUGGUGGGGCUCACUCUAGAUGAUUCGGGUACUGUGGCCUUCACUGCUGACACUGUGCGGAGCAGCGCUCGCCUUACGGUCCGAGAGCCCCCAGUCACUGUGCUGCGCUUUCCCCAGGACGUGGGCAUUCCUGAGACAGGCUCAGCCACCUUUGAGUGCGAGCUGUCCAGGCCUCUGGCAGAGGUGAAGUGGUACAAGGAUGGAGAGGAGAUCCAGGUAGGACCUAACUGUCGCAUGUACUCAGUGGGUCGCCGGCGCAUCUUGCAGCUUAGCCAUUGCAGCCUUGAUGAUGCAGGCGAGUACAUGUGUGAUGCCGGCGACUGCCGUGCCUCUGCCAGACUGCGUGUUUUUGAACGCCAGGUUCAGAUUGUGCGGGAACUGGAAGAUGUGCGUAUUCGGGAGAACGAAAAUGCUGUCUUUAUGUGUGAGGUGUCACUUGAAGAAGUGAAAGGUGAAUGGUUCCUGGAUGGGGAGAGAAUCAAAGUAACCAGCACGGUGAAAAUUAGGCAGGAAGGGACCCGGCACUUCCUGCUUCUAUGCGGCGUCCGUCCUGAAGAUGCAGGGCAAAUCCGAUUUUUGGCCAAGGCAGUCACUUCGGAAGCCUGCUUGGAAGUGGAGGCACUGCCCAUCCGCAUUGUAAAGCCACUGCGGGACAAGACUGUGUUGGCCCGGCAUAAAGCCACACUGGAAUGUACAGUGUCUCAGUCUCGUGGGCGAGUGCGCUGGUUUCGCGGCAACACAGAGAUCUUUGCUGGUCAGAAAUAUGAGAUUUGCAACUUGGAUUGUUACCGAACUCUCGUCAUCCACUGUGUCGAGCCUGCAGAUGAGGGCCAGUACACUUGUGAUGCACUGGAUGAUCGCUCUACGGCAUGUCUCCUAGUGGAAGCUGAAGGGAUCCAGGUGGUGCGGGCCCUGCAAACUGUGGAAGUGGUGGCUCCUUCAGAGGCACAGUUUGAGUGUGAAAUAACGGCUCCUCUGACAUGCACCCCCCAGUGGAGUCUUAAUGGGGAAAAAUUACAGCCCAGUUCACAAGUGCAAAUGGAGAGUGUGGGACACAUCCAUAGGUUAAAGCUGUGCCAGACAACACCUGGAAUGAGUGGGAUGGUGAAAGUUACUAUUGGCAGCACCCGCUCCAAGGCCCGGCUCACAGUUCGAGAGUGCAAGAGUUAGGAAGGUCCUGACUGCAGGAGAGCUGUAAGCUGGUAU